CCGCUAGGUCUUAGAAAUCCCACACGACCCCGGUGCGUCUGACCAGCUGGAGUAUGACGUGGAAUGGCUGGCUGUCCUCCGGGCCACUAAUGACCUUGUGAACGUGACCGGGGGCCUGUGGAAUAUGCCCGAGAACAACGGCCUGCACGCACGGUGGGAUUACAGUGCCACCGAGGAAGCCAUGAAGGAGGUGAUGGAUAAGAUGAACCAGGACCUCCAGGUGCCCUGCAACUUCAGCGUCACCGCGGCCUGCUAUGACCCCAGCAAGCCACAGGCCCCAGUGCAGCCCGUGCACAGGAUCAACCCGCAGACCACUGAGUUCUGUGCCCAGCUUGGCAUCACAGACAUGAACGUGAGGCUUCAGGAGGCCAAGGAAGAGCACCCACCUUGUGGGGACUACGAAGAGCAAGAGGAGGGGAGCGACGACUCUGGAGGAGACCGGAGCGAGUACACCACCGACACCUCCGCCCUGUCCUCCAUUAAUCCCGAUGAGAUCACGCUAGAUGAAGAGGAGGAGGAGGAGGAUUGUGGAGGUUCACCCAGUGACAGGAACACACCCUCAGCAGAACCUCCUUCCUAUCAGGCUUCUGAUUUCUCCACAAGCUUUUCUGAUGUGAGGGUCUUGCCGGGGUCCAUGGUUGUAUCUUCCGAUGACUUACCAGGCUCUCCCUCGGGUACCGAAGGGGGACCCCUAGAGGACGAUGGAAAGGACUUCACUGAGUCGCCCUUGAAGAGGCUGAGUAAUGAACACGAACCUGAACAGAGAAAGAAAAUCAAGAGGAGGAAUCAAGCCAUCUAUGCGGCAGUAGAGGAUGAUGGCGAUAACGAUGAUGCCGAAGCCUGACACAUUGACUUGCCUUCCUAUUAUGUGUACAUAUGUGAUUUUUUUGAGACCCUAUUUUUAGAGUUGGGUUUUUGAUGCAAGGAUUACCUUUGUAAUAAUGAAGUUAUAAAAGGGGAUUUUUUUUUUUUUUAGAUAUCAACUUGGUCUUUAGGCCUUUAUAUGUUUUAGAUACAAAUGCAUUAAAGUUUCCUGUCCAGUUUUGAUUGACCUAACGUCAUUUUACCUCCAUUUCUACGCCCUUACCGCUCAUGCACUUGAUGGCAAACACAUCUUCUGAAAUAUGGGACUGUGAACACAGAGGACACAUGGAUUUUUUUUUCAAGGAGUUAAAAUUAUAUGUAUUUUGAUGUAUUCAAAAAGAGGUAUAUUUAAGAUGUUUUCCAAAGUCCACAUCACUUUUAUACAUAUAAUUAUGUAUCCCUCCUUUUCAUGAUCUACCCUCUCCUCCCCCCCCAAUCAGCUUAAUGUCCUUCAGAAAUAAAUUGCAAUUGGAGAUGUUACAUAAAAUUUCAGGAAGUUAUUUAAAUCUUAAACAUGGGUAAAACAUACA